AUGGGUAAACCGAUGGGCAACGGAUUUCCGAUCGGGGCGGUUGUUACUAAGCGCGAAAUCGCUCAGCAUUUCGGAAACGGCAUGGAGUACUUUAACACCUAUGGCGGGAACCCAGUCGCCUGUGCAGCAGCGCUGGCGGUGCUGCAGGUGAUGCACGAUGAGAAGUUGCAGUCAAAUGCCGAGUUCACCGGCACCUACCUGCAUAGUCGUCUCUGCUGGCUGCAGUCGCUGUACCCUAACAUCAUGGGAGACGUGAGGUACUGAUC